CAAAGAUAAUUUGGUUAUUUCGCCACAGGGGCCAGAGUUAUGAAGUCUAACGACGAAUACCGAACUUCAUAAUUUAUGGGCGUGGUUUAAUAACCAGACAGAAGUUUUAACUCACCGUUCUGCUUCAUAGUGAUGUCAAGGUCCCAGCGUCUGGAGGAAAGGCAGAGAGAGACAAACCAAGCUGCUUGAGGUCCAACAUCCAGUGAUGAUUUGGGAAGCCAUGAAGCUAUGUUUUCCUCAAUCCAAAGUCAGCGCAGCUGUCUUACCACAAGAGAGAGAAUCACAUUCAGCGGCAGCGUGGAGAGCCAGAAGAAGACCCAUUAUGAAGCCGUCUCCUGGUCUCCCCGUACUCUGGAUCAGUUUCCUGGUGAUGUGGAUCUCACUGGGCGAGGGCAACACUUCAGAUGACUGUACUUUUUCUUCUGGAGAUAACAUGACAGAGUUUAAUGAAUGUAAAGAAAUGCCUGAGAACACAGAAGCCGUCAUCUGUGUCCUGUACCCAACAAACAUGCUCAACUGUUCCUGGUCAUUCCACACCUUGGAGAAGGAUGCUCAGCUGUCUGUUUCCGUCAGGGUUUCUGAGAAUGAAGACUUGGUUGAUUCUCGAAACCAAGACUCGGCGCAGAGAGUUGGGUUCAUAUCCUGGAUGCUCCAUGAUGACGAGAAUAAGUCUGUAGACGUCACUUUUAACGUGACCCUGCGUGACGCCUGGAUAUGCUGCACCGCAUCAUAUCCAGCUGAUUUAUUGAAGAUCCUGCCUCCUCCAGCAAAUAUUACUGCAUCGAUUCAGCAUGGCAGACUUCAUGUAAAAUGGGAUGCGCCGAGUGAAAACUUUGGCCUGCAUUGUUUUGAUUACCAGCUGCACACGGGUGACCAGAAAAAGCUAAAAAACUUCACGAAUAUGCUGCAAUACGUAGAGCCAAAUGGCGUUCAAGCUUCCACCUACAGGGUAAGGAUGAGGAGCAGAAUAUCGCCCAAUUGCCUCGGAUGCACUCAGUGGAGCGAGUGGAGUCCCACAGUCACGAUGGAGCAGCCAUCAAUCAGACUCGAUCUUCUUGUGGUUGCUGGGAUUUCACUUGGAAUACCCAUGAUCCUCCUGGCUGUGCUGCUACUACUGCGCCAUCAGAGGUUGGUUAAAGUUCUGUUUCCUCCAAUUCCUCACCCCCCUGCGAAGUACAAACAUUUCCUGGAAAAAAACGAACCACUCAACUUCUUCCAUCCUGUUCCAACAACUAAGCCUGAGGAAGAAAUCAUUGAGGUGGAGGACGCAGGGCAAAAUCCUGGAACAACCAAUUAAAAACAAUUCAUCAUACGAGCAUGUAUUCACUGCCAUUUAUUUGGUAUCAUACUUACAUUUAUGCGACAGCGCACAUGUAGCGGGUGCAUUUAGAAAUCCCAGUUUUACUCUGAGGAGCCAAUAGGUCCCAAAAAAUAUCAGGUAUUAAUAUUUUUAAUAGAAUCUGGGAAAAACAAUUGCUAAUUUCGGACCAAAAUAAUGAUUCCCCUGCUGAAAAUCUGAAAUGUUUUUCUAUAUUAGUGGUAAAUUGUCCAAAAUGUUAAAAGAAACUGGACCCAUAGUGGACAGAAGGAGAAGUGUAAAUCUGAAACCCUUAUAAUCAGGAAGCUAGUCCUGAAGGUCUCUAAAAAAAAAACCAAAACAUUCUUAAAGAAUUGCUGGCCAGGGGCCAUUUAAAAAAAGAUAACAAGCAGAAAUGACAGAUCAUCUGAAAUAAGCAAGAACCUGUGACUGAACCUGAUCAUCACAGUUCUUAUGUGUUAAUGAAUUAAAUUUAUAACAUUUUGGUUUAAUCUUGUCAACAUACAGAGGCUAUCACUAUAACAGGGAUUGUUUAAAAUCAUUUGUAAAAUAUGGCGGAGGCUUUGUCAUAGUUUGGUGAAGGUAUUGAAAGAUUUUAAUCAGACAAACCAAUAGAAAGAAGGAGCAGACAUUUAGCACCUUCAAAUAGUCUGAUUAACACUAGGUUAUUUCUGUGUCUGAAGUUUAUUUAAAUAUGAGUGCAGUAAAGACAUACCUUCUAUUAAGACAUAGAAUAAAAACAUCAUCAGUGCCUAUUAAUGUUGAAUCAAUACAGACUGUAAUGGCAAAUUAAACUGAAUCAACUAAACACUGACCUGGAAUUGAACAAACUUAUCUAUCAGAUUUUUUUUUUAUGUUUGCACAUGUUUUAAAUGUUUCAUUGUUUGUUUUUCCUUGCAGAAUCUGUAGAAACUAGGGGUUGUUAGGACUUUUGCACAUGUGUACUAAACUAACAUUGUUGUACAGGGAUUGGUCUGAUCUUCCACAAAACGUAUACGCUUCAUAAUGUCUAAUAAAGUUUUUUUGAGUUUUCUCAUA